CCUGAUUUUCUUUUAGCCUCAUCAGAUGGAGAGGUCUUAGGAACUACGAGAUGGCGUAUUAUUUGAUUUCUUAUGCCCAACCCUCGGCACAUGACUGUGAGGCUCUCUCGCUCAAGUUAUCUUCCCCAUCUCCCUCCCAGCCAUGGUAGGAUUCCCGUCGAUCAUAUUAUCUUAUAACCGCUAGGAAGGCAAUGAACACCGAGUGCCUGGCAGCCUGAAGAGUCAUACCCCUAGGGCAAGACGCAACCAUGGCUUACGACCCGGACCAGGCCCAGAUCGUGGGCUAUGUCUGCGGUACAUUCUCUCUCAUUAUCCUGGUUGCACGCCUAGGAAUUUCCCGAUGGCGUCGCGAGUCUAUCGAUCUAGGCUUCUUCCUCGUCUCCCUCUCGAUUCUGACCAUCACUGGUAGGCUCGUCAUGAACGAGUUCUACUUAAAACUCCCGACGGCGAACGACGUCUUGCACAACCCGGACACUCCCGAUGUGACGAGCAACGAGGCACUGAAGGUCGGCGGCAUCCUCGUCCUCCUCGCCAGGGUGCUACUCACCGCCGCCCUCUGGCUGCAGAUUGGAAUUCUACUCGUGUUUUACGCGCGGAUCACCUCGAACAUCUUCUGGGUCCGCCGUCUAAUAUGGGUAACUUGGAUCUUCGUGGGCGCUACUUUCGUCGCCGUCGUACUAGCAACAUUCCUCGAAUGCCAACCCAUCGACCUAUACUGGCAGAUUGAACCUAACCCAGGGCAAUGCGUGCGAGCCUACCUCCAGCUUCUGAUUCAAGCAAUUGCAAACAUUAUCGCCGACAUCAUGCUUCUCGUGAUCGCAUACCCCCUGAUGCGCCUCAGCAAGCGGAGCUUGUCGCAGACGAUCUCGAUAUACACGCUCUUUGCCCUGGGAACCUUCUGUAUGGUCAUUACCAUCAUCCGCAUCGUCCUGGUCUUCAGCGAGAACUCGUCGCAGACGACUCGCAGUCUCUGGGCGUCGGUUCAGAUGUUGGUCGCCUGUUUCGUGGCCAACGCACCGACUAUCUACGGGUCUCUGCGGGUUGUACAGCGGAAGCGAUCCGAGCAGCGCAGCGCGAGGGGCUACGCGGAGCCCAUGAGACGGCCGUCGCGGCCCGAAAGGGAAUCCUGGAUCAAGAUGACCGAGCAGGCCGCGCCCCCUCCACAGAUACCGGUAGAUUCUCCUACGACUCCCCCUCCCAUACUGUCGCCUCACCACGACAACCCGUAUCCGGCGACACGACUCUCUACUGCGUCCUCCACAGAAGAUAAGCCUCACAGCGUUAAGAAGGCUGUAUGA